UCCUCCAGCAGCACACCCAGCUGCCAGGGACUCAAGGCCAGCUCCCAACCACCCCUCCAAACGAGGCAGCAAAUGAAGGCGGCGCGUUAAUGAGCGGUGUUGCCAUACUCACAUUGUGGCAGCUCCACCAACCCCUGUCCCCCCCAUCCUCCUCUCCAGCCCCAUCCCCGAGAAUCCCACCCUCUGCUCUCUUUGGCCACACGUUCAAGAGGUGACACAGCAAUUGGACCAGGCGGGUAUUUAAUGGCCCAGGGCGGGCUGGCUGCUCAUCUGGGCACGGGGCAGCACGGAGCAGGGCCAGGGCCGGCAGCGCUGGGCAGCGCCAGGGCGGAGAGAUGAGAGCACCCUACUCGCUGUCCUGCCUCUUCCUCCUGAGCCUGGGGGCCUGCUUCCCUCCCGGCGAGCGGCGGGAGCCAGGACGCCCUGGGGAGGGGACCCUGCUCGGUCCCAGGUGGCAACCAGCGGCGGAGGACCCGGGCGCCGGCUGGAGGGCAGGGGCGAAGCGGAGGCGAAGCGAGGAGCUGGACGCGCUGCUGGGCAUCGCCCGGGAGCUGCGGGGCUACGGCUCGGCCGGGGCCGGGCAGCGGCCGGGCAGGAGGGGGAGCUCCGAGGUGCUGCCCGCCGCUGGGGAGAAGCGCAGCGGCACCCUGGGCAACCUGGCCGAGGAGCUGAACGGCUACAACAGGAAAAAAGGGGGCUUCACCUUCCGCUUCGGGAGAUGAGGGCUUGGACUUGAUCCCCCUCCAACCCCACCCUCCAGCGGGUCACCCCGUCCUGUCCUUCCCUUCCACCUCGCCUGGGUUUGCUCGGACAAAAGGGUAUUGGGGGGUGGGUUUGCUGCUGGGAUUGCCUUGGGGAUGAGGGACACGGCGUUUGCUCCGCUCACAGCCCUGCUCUAGGUCUCACGUCCCUGUUCCCAACCGGUGCAACAAAAGAAGAGGAGGUGCCUUAAAAAGAAGCCACCGCAUCCCUUUCCUGGUCACAGACAGAUUUUGCAGGGGCACAGGGAAAGGGCCCAGCACUGGGUCUCCAGUGCUGCAGUGCUGGCAGAGAGCAGGGAUGGCACAACGGGACAGGCAGUGCCAGUAGGGCCAGGCAGAGAGGCUGGAGGGUUACAAUGGGAUAGUCCUGGUGGUGACAGUCCCCAGGGACUGCCUGCACCUGCUCUCCAGGGCUGGCUGUUAGGGAGGAGAGGGUCCUUCAGAGCUCUCUGCCGAGUUGCUGCUCUCCUGCCUAUUAAGGAAAAGUCCCUCCGGCAGCAAAUUCUGCUUAGUGCCAGGAUGCCACUGACACGAGGCAGCUCCUGCGCGCAAAAACCAGGACAGAGCAGCGGGGUUGGAGAAAAUCUUGUCCUUAGCAAUCCCUGGCAUGAGCACAGAAACCUGCCCUGGCAUCACCAGUCCUGCCACAGCCCCAACACCCCUGUCACUCCCUGGCCCCCAGAGCCAGUCCUCACCAGGAUGAGGUGGUGUUAAUCGACCUUUCGUGUCCUUGCCACACCACCCCAGCACCUGCCUGGAAGCCUGGCCCUUCCCAAUUCCUUCCCCGCCUCAUCCCUACCUAUUCCCAGCUGUAGAAU